AUGAAUCAGGAGCUUUUGCGAAAAUUUCUUGCCGUACUUCAUGGUCGGCCGCCCUACGACUGUGCCGUGCAAGCUGCUGAAGAAUGUAGCGUGCUAUGCGGCCCUUUUUCGCUCGAGACUUGUAGACCUCCCACGGACAUGUGUCUCCACGACCGAAAUGUUUGGCGACUGGAAGACCUGGUGUGUCCGGACCCAGAAUGCAGGCAACCAGUUCCAGUCAACCGGCUGAGUUCGCUUCUAACAGCAGAUGUUCUGAACAUAAUAAAAAGUUUUGAUGGAGUCUCUGUGGACACGGACAAAUACACGACCCUGGAGUGGAUUUGCCUGCACUGCAACAAGCGCCUUGCUUCAUUUAUCGAGAAAUGCUUUGAAAAUGCCUGCGAGCACCUCCUCCAAAUUGAUGUGAGAAAGCAGCAAGACAGGACCAACGUUCAUGGCAUGGCGAGUAAGGCACUAGAGAACGGUAAUGUGAAAAUUCACGCUCCAGUAGAAUGUGCUCAAGAGCUGGGUGCGGUAAUCGGAUUUAGAAGAGAGUUAUAUGGGAAGCUAGAAAACCCUAUCUUGAUACUUGCGGCGGGCCAACGAAUUACAACAAAAAGUUUCAAUAAGGAGCUUGAAGCUGGCAGGCUAUGCAUCAGGACCAAGGAACCGGUAGAGUAUAUAUUCUUUAGGGGUUAUCAUGCUAAUGAAAUCAUACUUGAGAAGCAUUUAUCGCGCGCAGGAGACACGCUUAUCGAACCGCGCACAGGCAUGUGCUUAAGGGAUGGCCGUUUUGAGCUAGGAUUAACCCAGUACGAUAGAUUACGUCACUUCCGAGGUGAAAGUCUCCCUCCGCACCCUUCACUGCUACCCAUGAAACACGGAUUGCGUGGGCUUGCAAUAGCACGGCGCGAGGGAUUCUUUAAGGACAUCCACGCUCCAUUCGCAGGUGGAGAAGCAAACGAAGACAUCGACCUCACACCACACUGA